AUGGCCGUCCUUCAGCAGUACACCUACAUCUUUGCCGUCACCACCAUCUUUGCCUGCCUCGAUGCGUGGAACAUAGGCGCCAACGAUGUGGCCAACUCGUUCGCCACGUCCGUCUCCUCCCGCUCCCUCACCCUCAAGCAGGCCAUGGCCCUCGCCUCCGUAUGCGAGUUCUCGGGCAGCGUCGCCGUCGGGGCGCGCGUCGCCGACACCAUCCGCACCAAGAUCAUCGACCCGCACCACUACGACGACGCGCCCGCGGUGCUGCUCCUCGCCAUGAUGUGCACCAUUGUCGCGUCGUCGACGUUCCUCACCGUCGCCACGCGCUACGGCAUGCCCGUCUCGACCACCCACGCCGUCGUCGGCGGGCUCGUCGGCACCGCCACGGCCAGCAUCGGCAUCGACAAGGUCAACUGGGCCUGGAGCGGCGUGUCGCAGGUGUUUGCGGCGUGGGUCGUGGCUCCGGGCAUGGCGGGCUGCAUCGGCGCCGCGCUGUUCCUCUUUACCAAGUUUACCGUCUUGCGGAAGCCGACGGCGGUGCGGCGGGCAUUCUGGUCGAUUCCAUUUUACACCUUUCUCACCGUCGGGGCAUUGACCAUGCUCGUCGUCUGGAAAGGGGUACACAUUGCUGAGCUCUCGACCCGCGAUGUCCUCAUCAGCAUCUUUGGCGCCGCAGCCGGUGGCGCCCUUUUGCAGGGAGUGUUCGUCAUGCCGUACCUGUGGGUGCGCAUCAUGCGUGAGGACUGGACGCUCAAGUGGUAUCACGUCUUCCAUGGCCUCUUUCUCCUCAGGCGCGAGCCGCCGCCGCCGACUCCCCGCGGCUUCGUCAAGCCGCAGAUCAAGGACUACUACCGCGGACACCUUACGGCCGAGGAGCUGCAAUACGUUCGCGCCUCGGAGACGCUCCUGCGGUCGGUGCAGACGCCCAACGGGGAACAGCCCCCUCCGACAGAAGAAGACAAGGAUGACGAGCUCAUGCUCCCGCCGCCGGCGCAGACUCCGACUCCGCGCCCAGGAUCCUCCAGCACCCGACGGACCUCACGAGGCGAGGCGGGCCUGAUCCCUCCGCGCCCGCCGGGGCCGUCCAACAGCCUCCGGGUCAUCGCGUGGAAGAUCAACCGCUUCCUGCUGCGGGGCAUCGAAAAGGACGUGGUGAGCAUGCAGAAGCGCAACGCGGUGCUCAAGUGGGACAUUGAGGACAUGCACUCGCGGGCGGCGCGGUACGACAACCGCGCCGAGUACAUGUACUCUGCGCUGCAGAUCCUGACGGCGGCGGCGGCGUCGUUUACGCACGGCGCCAAUGACGUGGCAAACGCCAUCGCGCCCUUUGCGACCGCCUACGACGUGUGGUCGCGCGGCAGCGUCGGCGACAUGGUCGACGUGCCCGUCUGGGUGCUGUGCUUUGGCGGCGGCGCCAUCGUGCUCGGCCUCCUGACGUACGGCUACCACGUCAUGCGCACGCUGGGUAACCGCUUGACGCUCAUCUCGCCCAGCCGCGGUUUCUGCAUGGAACUCGCGAGCGCCAUAACGGUGCUCAUGGCGACGCGCCUGAGCUUGCCUGUGUCGACGACGCAGUGCAUCACCGGCGCGACGGUGGGCGUCGGCUUGGCCAACGGGGACUGGCGGUGCAUCAACCCCAAGCUCGUGGGGUGGAUAUACCUGGGCUGGGUGGUGACGGUGCCGGCUACGGCGUUGAUAUCGGGGUGCUUGAUGGGCCUAAUGCUGAAUGCGCCGUCAUGGCCGGGCAGGCAAGUUUGA